GAAGGUGCCAUGAAGUAAAAUCAAAGGAUGAUGAUGGGCGAUCAGUUUCGUAGCAAAGUGGAGCAGUAUUCACCAAAAUCAUCACCCAGGGGUGCACGUUCUCCUGUUGUUUCACGUCAGGAUUCAACAGGAACACUGAAAACGACCAUUUCCCUGGGUAAAAACCCAUCUAUCGUUCACAGUGGACCAUUUUACUUAAUGAAGGAACCCCCUGGAGAGAGCGAACUAACAGGGGCAACUAACUUAAUGGCCUAUUAUGGCCUAGAACAUUCUUAUAGUAAAUUUAGUGGAAAAAAACUUAAAGAACAACUUUCUUCAUUUUUACCUAACUUACCUGGAAUUAUAGAUAGACCUGGUCAUGUGGAUAAUAGUUCGUUAAGAUCUGUGAUCGAGAAACCUCCAAUAGGUGGAAAGGAAUUGUUACCUUUGACCAGCGUUCAAUUGGCUGGUUUUCGUUUACAUCCUGGGCCUCUACCAGAACAGUAUCGCUAUGUUAAUCAGGCUCCGCAAAGGAAACACAAAAAUAAACAUAAAAAGCAUAAACACAAACCAGGAGAAGUACCUACUGGUCAAGAAGCAACAUCAACGGACAUUGGUGGUUCGGAUACUCAUGAGAAGAAGCAUAAGAAACAAAAAAGACACGACGAAGAAAAAGAAGCUAGGAAAAAACGUAAGAAAGAGAAAAAGAGGAAAAAACAGAAACAUAGUCCUGAACAUACCGGAGGAUUAACACCCUCUCAACAUUCCAAUUCGUGAUCUUCAAUUUCUCCAUUUCUGUUUAUAUGUAACUUUUAAUCUGGCAUCAGAAUUUUUAUAGCCGCAAUUAAGUUUUCCUUUUUCCUAACACUAAUGUAUGUACAGAUGACCGUUAUAAUUACGCAAACCAUGUUUUUUAUUGUCUUUAUUUUCACAGAUAUACCAUUCGUACUUUUCGGUUUUAUCAUUGUUUGAAAAUGUAAAGUUUUUCUGAUAGAAGCUGUACACUAUUAAUAUAUACCAUGUAAUAAUGUAUUUAUAUUUCGUGUGUAUCCAUACAAAUCUAAUACGCGUUAAUGGAUUUUGUGAACCAUCGGGAAGUAAUUUUUUAUAAAUAAGUAACUGAUCUUAUUUGCUUAAUUGCUAAUUUUGUAUUGAAAUAUCAUAAAUUAAUAGGUAAGGUGUGAAAAGGUUUAAUACCUUAACGAGUUAUUAGGAGUUAGGCAGAGAUUAUUAAAAUGAACAUAAUUAUGUUACUGUCGGUGUAAAUAUUAUAUAUCAAAGACAGCAACAAAAAACAAAUAUCACUGCAUAAAGAAUCAUUUGUAACUCUCAUGAAUAUUUUGUUAAUUAAAAUGCAGUGAAGUUUGUUUAAGACCAAAACCAAAAUCAUGGAUUGUACUGAAAACUUAAAAUAAGUGUAGUAUUAUGAUACAAGAAUAAUAAAAACAUAAAAUUUAACAGUUUUAA